CCACAAUAUGCCCAGUAUCAGCGACUGGACCCACACCUCAGCUCGUUCACGCGAUUAAUAAACUUCUCUUUGUCUUUAAUUCUUACCGAGGGGAUAAGACUUCCAUGGGCAUAUUUAUGCUUAUUUCGUAUAAAGUGCUCCCGUUACAGUGCCACUGAUGUCUGAUCCACUGAAGAAGUUAUAUUGCAAAUCGCUUGGAAUACAUUUAUAAGACGGUGGAUAUAUACACGUUUUACUUAUGAGUGACAGAAUGGUAUAUUCCGUAACAAUGGACUGAAUUCAAAUAAAUUAAUGCGCUAAUAUUUUUUGUGUGCAAAACUGAGUAAAACGAGAUAGGAAUACAAGUGAAAUUACACAACGAGCAAGUGUUGUAAAAAAGUAAGAAAAAGAGUAUCGUUGUAAAUUUUAGAUCAAAAUGUCAAGAUUACAUAGAAAGGGACCGCCAAAACAUUUAGAGAGAACACUUUUUAUAAACCACAAAGAGGACCUAAUGCUGGAUGAUAAACUUCAUAAUUUGACUUUAAAAUCGAGAAUGAGUAUAAUGGAAAUGGACAGAGAACGGAUUAAAGUUAGGAAUGAGUGGCGGAAUAGUCGUAAGAAGCAGAUCACUAUAAAUGAGGCAAUAUCCGGUGGACUUCUGCCAUCUGGCGAUUUCUCCGUGUCCGGUGGGUCACCAAAUCCUGCUAGGAAAAUGUCUAUGUUUCCAAACAUGCAAGCAGGUUCUAAACGACCGUCUUUAUCUGUGAAUUUUGAGUCAAACAAUAGGAAUAUAUCAUCAGCUCCUGCGCAUAGAAAAACUAGUGACGCAUCAAAUACGCAGACUCCUACAUUAUCACGAAGUACGUCAUUUAUACCACAAAAUGGACACACUCGAAUUUCCACGACAAAUCAGUUUACUAAACAGCCGGCAAUACCGGAAGCAGACGAAAACGGACGAGACAUAAUGAGUAGACGCGGUUCUGAAGGUUCAGUGGGAAUGUAUGUCCUUGACGAAUUUCAAAAAAUGUCGGAAGUUGUGCCUGGAAUAUUGCGAGCGCUUGCAAAGAAAAAAGAACAACAGCUGGAAGCAGACGAACGUGCAAGAUUGCGUGAAAUGAAACAUGACAUAAAUGUUGAUCUAGCUAUGGAAAAUAUACUUGAUUAUGAACCGGAUAUGAAUAAAGUACGAAAAACUGUAAGUUCUGUUAAGAAACUUAGACAUAGGAUGGCGAUCAGUAAAAAACUAGAAACAUCUAAACCGCAAAAAUCAUUGGAUCAAAUGAUUCGGGAUAAAACGGACGAUACGUAUGAGUAUAACGAAUAUACAGACGGGACUUGCGCCUUAAUGAAAAGACGCUUGGAAAAGAAAAGACGAGAAUCAGCACCUUUUGUAAUGGACCCUGCGUUUAUGCAACGUCGGCAAUCACUUACAAACAGUAAUGCAGACGGAGAACCAACUCAGAGGCGUGGCUCUGUGGCGCUGGACCAGAUGAGGCGUGGCUCGACUGCAAUGGCACAGAUUCCUGGAUCGUUGACACGUAGCAGUACAACACUUAGUUUAAGGUCAAUGAACGAGUCGGAUGAAGAUUCAGCUUUUAUUGAUGAAGAUGUUUUAAUGAAAAGACAAAGAGUUAUGGGAGAGCUUCAUAAAUAUAGGUCUUUGAAAAGUCGUGUUGAUCAGUUCUUAAUUGCUAAACCAGAACCUGUGAAUGCUGUUCUUGAAGAAAUCAUACCACUGCAGUGAUAUAACAAUAUCAGAAAUGAGAUAUUGUGUUACAAAAAUAGGAUACAAUGUACUUUGUUAAAUACAUUUGACAAGUUAUUGAAAGACAACUCACUGCAAUUGGUUGUUAUUGUUUUUUUAUUAUCAUUGUUGUUUGUAUUAUUUAAUGUUAACAUGUUUUAAACGCAAUUUGUAGUUGAAAGUGGAAAUGAAUACAUCGAAGCAAAGAUAUAAUAAUAAUAUGAUCAGUGAACUCGCAAAUUUAAGAUAUUGAAAAUGA